ACACACAACUUCUCUCUGCUUAACAUUUUCCCAUUUUCUUGUAAAUCUCCUCUAGGUCUCCUCUCGUGAAACAGCUGAAAUGGCUCUCAAUGGUAAAACUGCAGUAGUGACCGGAGCUGCAAUGGGAAUAGGAAGAUCAAUAGCUGAACUUCUUCUGCAAAAUGGUGCCAAGGUGGCCAUCCUGGACAUGAAUGAAGCUGCAGGACAGAGUUUAGUUGAAACCCUGAACAAAGAGCAUGGACCAGACAGAGUCCUGUUCCUGCUGUGCAACGUAGAGUCAGGAGAGGAGAUCAAAGCUGCCUUUCAGAAAACUGUAGAAACCUUUGGUGGAAUUGACAUCCUGGUCAACAAUGCUGGCAUCUUCAAUGAGAUCAUGUGGGAGAAAACUAUUGGCAUCAACCUUGCUGGCUGUAUUAGGGGGGCUUACCUGGUUAUCGAGCACAUGAACAAGCUGACCGGGGGUCGUGGAGGGGUCAUCGUCAAUGUGGCAUCCAUAGCAGGUAUUGGCCUCCUGUCUUGCUGCCCUGUGUAUACAGCCACCAAGCAUGGAGUGGUUGGGUUUACUCGAGCAUUUGCGGCUGCCUCAGUUGCAUCAGGCUAUGGUAUACGGAUGAAUGCCCUCUGCCCGGGAUUCGCUCAAACAGACCUCUUCUCCUCUGUCCAGUCCAGACUGGGACAAUUCUCCAACUUGGCAGGUGCCAACCAGGAACUGAUAGAAAAACUUGGCGUGUUAACGUCUGCAGAAGUAGUCCAGGGCUUCCUUGAGCUGGUGACCGAUGAGACCAAAAAUGGACAAGCUCUCAUAGUACUCCCGAAAGAGAAGAAAUAUGCAACUUUUCCAGUAUCACCCACUGAUACAGCUGAAAUGGCUCUGGACGGUAAAACUGCGAUAGUGACAGGAGCGGCGAUGGGAAUAGGAAAAGCGAUAACGGAGAUUCUUCUGAAAAACGGUGCCAAGGUUGCCGUCCUGGACGUGAAUAAAGUUGAAGGAGAGAAUCUAGUUAAAGACCUGAAUAAAGAGUAUGGAGCAGACCGCGCCCUGUUCCUGAGCUGCAAUGUUGAAUCAGAUGAGGAGUUCAAAGCUGCCUUUCAGAAAGCUGCAGAGACCUUUGGAGGAAUCGACAUCUUGUGCAACAAUGCCGGCAUCUUGAAUGAGGAAAAGUGGCGGGAUAUGGUCUCCAUAAAUCUCGCGGGUGUUAUUAGGGGGACUUACCUGGGGCUGGAGCACAUGCGCAAGACGAAUGGAGGUCGAGGAGGGGUCAUCGUCAACGUAGCAUCUAUGGCAGGUCUGGGCCCUUUGCUUACCUGUCCUGUCUAUACGGCUACCAAGCACGGAGUGAUCGGAUUUACUCGAGCCGUUGCGGCUGCCUCUGCAGCAUCAAACUAUGGAAUACGGGUCAACGCUCUUUGUCCAAGUUUUGUUGAAACCGAACUUUUUACGACAAUCAAACACAACCUGGGACAAUUUGCCCACCUGGAGGGUGUAGCCAACCAGCUUGUGGAAAAGCUUGGGGUGUUAAAUACACCUGAGGUAGCAGAGUGCAUCCUUGAGCUGGUGACAGAUGAGACCAAAAAUGGAGAGGCCUUCAUGGUGUCCACAGAAAGGAAAGGUUAUUUCCCUUUUCCAUCACUAAGUAGCACCAAUAAACCUUGAAACCAUCAUGUCGAUGUCUGAUAUCAUUCCUUAAGUAUGUAGCAGAUAUGUGAAUAAUAAAAAAAAAAAAAAAACUUUCAA